AUGAGGCUCCACUACUUCUUAUUGGCAUUCUUCCUCUUGUUCUUGGUGCCUGCUCCAGGUGAUGGAUUCUUUAUGAACAGCAUCCGUAAAGCCUUCUGCAAAGUCAGGGGUGGCCGGUGUGCUGUGCUCAAGUGCCUUAAAAAGGAGGAUCACAUAGGAUUUUGUGCUCACAAAGGCCGGAAAUGCUGUAGGAGAAAGUAG